AUGGACACCUGCGCACCAUUUGAAGGCAAUGCCGACUUAUACGGUCUUGGAAUUCGUCUUGGGGUGUAUCUACAAUGGAUCUCAGCAUGGAUCAGCCUGCUUCUAGACCCCCACUCGGCUCAAUCCAUCUACGACACCAACUCGGUUUCUGUCUUCGCUAUAAUGGUGGCAACUAUCAUCGCAGCACAGUUUGGGACGGCGGCCGUCGAAAUACAUAUCAUGUUGCAGUUCAUGCUUGGCUCCUUCAUCACAGUGCUCAGCACGUUGGGCGUGCGUUUGUGGCUCAUGAGCCCUGAUCGGCUUGCUAAGCUGGAGACAACGACAACCGCCGUGCUCAAGUCAGUUUGGGCUCUUGAAAAGGCUAGGCUAGGCCGCCUGCUCAGGGAGCCGUGGAGAGAUUUGGCCCAAUGGGGGAUGAUUACGUUCCUGCUCCCCAUGGCGUUCCUCAACAUAUUGUCGGCCUUGAAGCCCCCUGGACUCUCCUGGUCAGGGGUGACUUGGAGAACGGGCACGGCCGCUGUAGUCGCCGCGUACAACCUAGCAUUCUGGUUUGACAAUUCUGGUAGUGGUGCACAGCAACCACCUAGAGAAGGCUGCGGGCCUCCCUACAUCUUCCUCCUCUCCAAGCAACAACUAACCGGCCCUGUUAUUACCCUGUGCCGCUUUGCGGCUGUUAUUAUAGCUACUGCCGUCUUUCCUGCGACUCUACUCCUCUGCAAUCUAACGGCACAGCUUUUCUGCCGCACCACAAGCUUUUCAUUCAGCACUUAG